UCACGUUCAGUGUCCACGAACGAUUCUGUACCAUGGCUUCUGUCUCCUUAUACCCUCUCGCGUCUUUGGAGCAGAUAGAAAAGAGCUCUUCACGUGAUGAUGGUAUACCUGAGAACCUGGAGGAGGACCUCCGAGCUUUCGGGUGCAAGCUCAUUCACCAGGCUGGUGUGUUACUCAAGCAAAAGCAGGUAGCCGUUGCUACUGCCCAAAUAUUAUUCCAAAGAUUCUGGUUUGUGACCUCCAUGAAACAGUUUGGUAUAGGUGACAUAGGCAUGGGUGCCCUGUAUCUUGCUUCCAAACUAGAGGAAUGCCCAAUUCGAAUGCGCGACCUCAUCAACAUCUAUGACCUUCUCCUGCAAAGAACGGCAGACACCCUCGCGGCUCAAACGACAAAUCCCCACAAAGGCGAAUUUAAAUAUGUCCCCAUGUCAUACUUCGGCAGCACUUUCUAUGACCUGAAGGAUGCCCUGGUGGUGGCAGAGAUGCAAAUACUCAAACGAUUAGGCUUCCAUGUGCAUGUCGUGUUACCUUAUGGAACCCUUGUGAACUAUCUCCGAGUACUGGGGCUGACUAGCCGAGAAGACGUGUGUACUCGCGCCUGGGGCUACCUCAAUGACGCCCUGCAAACACCUGUCUACGCUCUGUAUCCGGUUCCCACCAUAGUCAGCGCUGCGAUACUUUUGACGACACGGCUUUUGGGUAUCCCGUUACCAUCGAAGUUGCCAAAUUGUUGGUGGGAGCUCUUCGAUGCCGACUGGGAGGACGUGUGGAGCGUCUGCGGCUUCAUAAUGCGCCUUUACCGGCCUCGCAGUCUUGAGGAUCGAACUCGCGUUCUCGGGAUGGUCUCGAAGAAGGGCGUAAGACAGUGGCUGGAAAAUAACUCACUCUCACGUACUAUAUGAUAGACGUCAGAUUUGGCUAGUCAACUCUGAAUUUGUACAUAUGCACUCCGAUUUCUGUCAUCUUAACGCCUCUCAUACCCUCGUGACGGACUUGGAGUUGUGCAUGUUACAUUCGCGGACCUCCAGAAUCCUAUGGUAACCUGGCAUAGAUAAUGAUACAGUAAUAUAAAUACAAACAAUAACAUGAGGUGCGAGACGACAACAAGACAACGACACGAGACAAAGCUGGGACAGGAGGCCAUUAAAAGGUAUUAAGGUUUCCAGAGAGCGGAAGAUAGCAAGAAUAGCGACAACAAGUGAAGGAAGACGAGGUUCAUGUUACUCGGACACGGCGUAAGGGUGGCGCACAAGUUCAUCGUAGAGAUCAGCUGGGAUGUCCCUGACGAGGGUCACAGCGAUUCCGAUCACGGGGAGGGCUUCUAGAGGCGGGAAUGUUCGCAGAAGGCGCAUUGGGCUGCCCAAUUUCGUAGGUACGAUCCACAAAGAAAGUAGAGGAUGACAUACCUUGACGAUUUCAUGACUUCAUCACGCAUGAGAAGGAGCUGAGCGAUCACACACAAAACAUUGAGAUGAACACCAAAAGCAAGUAAGAAGUCCCAGAGUUGCAGGACCUGGUCCAGAGGCGGCGUACACGCGCAAAGCGUCAGGACGGCUGCAGUUAAGCGGAGUG